AUGUUCCACCAAGUGAAACUCCCGGAAGAAGACCAGGCAGCCUUCCGAAUUCUCUACCGAACGCCUGGCAGUAAUUCAGCUCCGUUAACGUACCAGAUGACGGUACACGUAUUUGAAGCUAUAUCAUCCCCGACGAGCUGCCUCUUCGCCCUCAACAGGACGGCCGAUGACUACCGCAGCCAGUUCCCAGACGUAGCCGAUAGCGUUCGACGUAAUUUCUACGUCGACAAUUAUCUAGACUCCUUCGAGUCCGAAGACGAGGUCAUCAAACGGUUCCGCGAAAUGAAGUCCCUUCUCCAGUUAGGCGGCUUCAAUUUGACUAAAUGGACGUCAUCAUCGAGAACGGUGCUAGCUGCGUUACGAGAGUUUGGCCUCGCGUCACCAACUCUAGAUCUGGACUUGGAGAAACUUCCCGUCGAAAGAACGCUGGGAGUAAUGUGGGACAGCGAACGAGAUAUGCUGACUUUCAAGAUUCGAAGCCGCCAAACAACGUGA